AUGCGCCCUUCCCAAGUCUUCCGUGCCUCCCACUACAAGCCCAUGAUCAAAUUCCUAGGCUCAAGGAAGAACUUGCAACACCGUACUUCCCCUCCCUUCUCCUCUCCUCCGUCCUCCGACGAGCUGACACCCCGGCAAGCUCCCCACAACCCAUCCCCCCACCCCUGCGCCCCCUCCGAAAUCCGCGAAUCCUUCCCCUCCUUCCUCUCCCGACUCAACGCCUCAUCAUCCGCCCCUGCGUCAAAACAAGAUACGCGCUUCAAGCCUUCGGGCAAGCCGGUGGACUUUGAGAAUUUCUGGGAAGCGCCGGGGUAUUUGUGGAGGACGAAAGAAGUGGGAGAGCUGGAGAUGGAUGCUGUCAUGGUGAAUUUUAUUCGCUCCUUGCUUGCACAUUGCCCGGGCUUGGGGGCUUGGUGGGCGACGAGGUCAUAG